CUUUCUCUAGUAUUUUUGUAAACAAAUAUAAUUCUAUGCGUUGUGUAUAAAUCAAAUUUUUUUUCAAAUUUACUAAAUAUAUAGCUAACUUUUACAUACCGAAAUUAAAUUUCUUUGAACAAUGAUAUCAGGGCUUGAUUGUGCUAAUUCUCAAAAAACCAACUUAUUCAAAGAAAAAGCAUCUAAAACUGACGAAAUCCAUGGUAACGCAAUUGAUAAAGAUGAGCUGAAGGAUAUUGUGUUCGACUUGAUCAGAACUAUAAGGGAUCCGGAGAAACCACAAACUUUAGAAGAUCUUAAUGUUGUAUAUGAGGAAGGAAUUGAGGUGAAAGGUUCUUCAACAGAUCAUGUCUAUGUAGUGCGUAUUGAGUUUAAUCCUACGGUUCCCCAUUGCUCUUUAGCCACCCUUAUAGGAUUAUGUAUAAGAGUUAAAUUGGAAAGAAAUGUACCUUAUCCUUUCAAACUUGAUAUUUACAUUAAGGAAGGAGCUCAUACAACUGAAGAAGAAAUUAAUAAACAAAUAAAUGAUAAAGAGAGGAUAUCAGCUGCGAUGGAGAAUCCUAAGUUGAAAGAAAUGGUAGAAAAUUGUAUUAAAGAAGAAGACUGACUUCAAAAAUUGUUAAUAAAUCUUAGUACAUACUUUAUUAUGAGGAAAGAUGCUUAUGAUAAUAAAAUGGUUUUCUUUGGAACUUU